UAAUCAGCCGUAUUAGAGGCAAAGCCGGCGUCGGAUGCGGCGGUGCGCACUGCUUUCUAAAAGUUUUGUUUUCAUAUUUACAAAACAUACAUCGAGUGCAUUUUUUUUUGAAAUCUACUCAAAUAUAAUUAAGCAAACACGGUGGAAAAAUACGCAAUAAAUACCAGUGAAUAAGAAGUGAAUGAAUAAGAGUUUUUCAAAAUGUUGCAAAUUGUGUGGAUUUUGUCAAUUCUAAUGUGCCAAUGUGUUUUGGGAAGUAAACAAUGUUGUCCGGCAGGACAAGCAAUUCUUAUAAGAAGUGAUGUUUGUUGGGAUCCUAAAACCAAUGUUACUUCACCGGUGUCUUUGUCGUGCAAAAAUACCGUAAGGUUUAUAAGAGGCUUUAAAGUUAAUGACGCUGACGCUCUAGAGCUACACCUUGGAGAUAAUUUUGAUGAAACAUUUGAACCAGACAUGUAUUGCUUGAGUGUGACUACUAACCGAUUAGACAUCAAAUUAAAUAAAACAAGGCCCGUUUCGAUAGUAUGUGCUGGCGAAGACGAAGAAAUUAUCGACCAGAGUAUACUGGGAUAUACUAUGAUUAUAUCCAUUAUAUUUUUGACAGCCACAGCCCUCAUAUACGGGUUAUUGCCGGAAUUAAGGGACGUUCAAGGGAAAAGUAUUAUCAACUUUUGUAGCAGCCUGGCUAUUGGCCUCAUGGUUCUUGUUAUCAUGAAACUUAUGAUUUACAGUGACAUGGGCUGGUGUGCGGUUCGAGGAUUUUUGGUGUACUUCUUUAUGAUAGCUGCAUUCUUCUGGUCUAAUGCUAUAUCAAUUCAAGUCUUAUUAAGCAUAAGACGUCCCACUAUUUUGGACUAUGGUUGGAGAGAGUUCAAAUGGUAUAUGAUAUACGCAUGGGUAUGCCCGGCUCUCCUAACAAUAUGCAUGGCCAUAGUGAACUUCCACCCGGGUGAUCACACAAAGCCGGGUAUCGGAUUAAACCACUGCUGGUUCUUCAAUAAGUACCAACAAUGGUAUUACAUGUAUAGUGUUAUCUCCAUACUGCUGACGGCCAAUAUUUGCAUAUUUAUUUACACAUCAGUGAUGAUAUGGCGCCUAUCACUUUCUUCGAGCCACGCAAGAGCCCUGAAGUACAAGUUCGUGAUGACCGUGCGACUCAUUAUACUUAUGGGGCUUCCAUGGGUGUUUGAAAUGAUUGGUUCAUUGGCGGGAAAGCAUAUUAUUUGGACCAUACUGGAUAUAUUCAACACCCUACAAGGAAUACUGAUAUUCCUUUUGCUGGUAGUUUUUCGUAAACGUGUGGUAAAAAUUAUGUACAGACAUGGCUGGCUAAACUGCAUGUCAGAAUUCAUUGAGAAAUAUUUGGCGACAGAAGAUGACGAAGAGAAUGUUGUUCAACAUACCGACGUGCCAUUGAACGAGCGGACCAUCAUAUCUUGAUCCUGACUUAGACUUACUGGCCACUAAAGCGAAGCAAGGCUGCGAUGCAGUAGCAUGAAGAGAUAGAAGUGCACUGAUAGCAUUGAUUUUGUUUGAAUUUCAAUGUGAUGAUACUUUUUCUUCAGUUGAUAGGCAACAUUAUUGUGGGAAACGGAAAGUGCUGGACAUAAAAUCAGUAUUAUUUAUUUACUUUAGACAGACCUAUUAUUUCUGUCUGUUUUCUUUUUAUGUCUAGGUAGGUGAAUGCCGCUGAGGUGGUGCCUCUAUUACAUAGUACAGAGAAGCUACCUAUUAGCGGCCAAAAUUAAGGUCAUGAAUCUCUAGUUUUGUAUAAUACAUAUAUAGAACACGUUGCAUUCAAUAUAACAUAGUUAGAAAGAUUUGGUAAGAAACGAAAAAGUUAUUAUUUUAAGGCUACGUUAAUAUGAGAAGAAGCGAGUGUUUUAUACAUAACCAUAAUUUUUCUAUCGAUUUCAAAAAAAGGAGGAGGUUCUUAAUUCGUCGGGAUCUUUUUUAAUUUAUUUUUACACCUAGUAUCGGUCUGGAAGUUGGUGGCGAAAUAAACAUAGCUACAUUUACUAGACACUGACUCCUAGGCCGAUGCACCUCUGCGGACUGUUCGAAAGAGAUACCGCGGCCCUGGCACAUAAAAAGGCCUACGACGGAACACGACGGUUUUUAGUCAGUAAGAGUCUGACACUCCCUCACCGCUGCUAACCCACAGCGGGAGGGGUCAUUUGAUAAUUUUGUCGUUAAAAAAACAGGCCGGUGCACCUAAAAAUAGUUUUUUAUUUUGGUUUUUAGUGUUUUCAGAAGUCAUUUUUUUUUACUUUUUUUUUCAGCGUUAGUUUUUCAGAGUUUUUGUUAGAGUGAUAAUUUCAUCUUGAAAAGUACGAUGAAAGGCAAGAAUAAGAUAAAAGCCAAUGCAAUUGUCAAUCUAGUCGAACCCUUAGUCUGAUAAGUUUUUAAUUAUAGAUAGAUACCAAUUUUUACAUUUUUGAUCUUAAAUUAAAGUAAGUGACAUAAAGGGUGAUCGUAUAGCUAAAAGCGAUUUAAUUAUAAUUGAAUAUCUGUAAGUAUUGUGCUAGGGUAAGACCUACAUAAACCUAUGUUUAAGAAUUUCGAUUUGUUCAAAGUGAUGAUAACAUACAAUAUUGUUCACUUUCUUAUUUAGGUUUGGUUCGAGGAACCUGCUAGAUUCCAUAAAAAUAAACGAAGUAAUGAUUUUGCACGUAACGAACAAUUCAAUAACUCCUUGAUGACUUGCGAAUCAAUUAUAUUGUCAGCCCGGGACUUUAUUAUAGUGAUUUAUGUUAAUGCUUUAGUUGUAGGUACUAUAUGCGUUUAUACUUAAUUCAUAAGUAGCUUAUAAGAAGAUUAUAUUUUUUGAUAUUUUUUGUGAUGUUGAUUAUACUUUUUUUAUAAACA